AUGGCGAAAAGAGUAGCGGAGGACCUUGAAGAGAGCAAACGGAUCAAGAUAGAUACCAAGGAGAAGGAGAAGAAGCCCAAGAAGGAAAAGAAGGACAAGAAGGAGAAAAAGGAAAAGAAAGAAAAGAAGGACAAGAAGGAAAACUCAGACAAGAAAGAGAAACCCAAGGAAAAGAAAUUGGGUGCCGCCGUUUCUGUUGCAAAUUCAGAAGACGAAGAGGCGUUUAUCAAAGAGAACGGUGUGGGUGUAGAGGUCCCUGAGGGUGUCUCGAAACAGCCAUUGUUUUUGGCAAUGGACCAGGUUCCUGUUGAAUCCGGCCUGCAAAAAGUGCUCAGCCAGUUCCCCAAACCGACUCCAAUCCAAUCCGCCACCUGGCCCUAUUUGCUUCAGGGCCUGGACGUCGUUGGUGUUGCUGAGACGGGCUCGGGUAAGACUCUGGCAUUUGGUCUGCCGUCUGCUCAGGCAAUUCUGACCCAAAAACACUCUGGGAUUUCCGUGCUUAUUGUUUCCCCUACCCGUGAGCUUGCUAUGCAGAUUGACGACAACCUCAAGCUUCUGACUGCGGAAACUGGUGUCAAGGCUACCUGCGUCUACGGUGGUGUUCCUAAAUACGAGCAGCAAAAGCAGCUCAAGACUGCCAAUAUUGUCGUUGGUACUCCUGGACGAUUGAAGGAUCUCAUCAACGAUGGGUCGCUGAACACUACCCGCGUCAAGUACCUUGUUUUGGACGAGGCCGACCGCAUGCUUGAGAAGGGAUUCGAGCAGGACAUUAAAGAGAUCAUUGGGUCCACGCCGCAAGAGAACCGCCAAACAGUGAUGUUUACUGCCACCUGGCCGCCGCAGGUGCGUGAUCUUGCUGCGACUUUUAUGCGUCCACAGGUCAUCAAAGUGUCUAUUGGUGACGCUGAUGAGCUGACCGCCAACAAGCGGAUCAAGCAAAUCGUCGAGGUGGUUGAUGUUCACAACAAAGAACGCCGGUUCCUAGACGUUCUUCGCCAGUAUACAAAGCAAGACUCCAAACAAAAAAUCCUCGUGUUUGCCCUGUACAAGAAGGAGGCCUCGCGCGUUGAGCGCUUGUUGAAUUCAAAGGGAUACCAAGUGGCUGCUAUCCAUGGAGAUCUGAACCAGUCGCAGCGUACGCAGGCACUGGACGAUUUCAAGACUGGACGUUGUAAUUUAAUGCUUGCUACCGAUGUUGCGGCCCGCGGUCUCGACAUCCCUGCCGUGAAGGUCGUGAUCAACCUCACUUUCCCCCUGACUGCCGAGGACUACGUCCACCGCAUUGGCCGUACUGGCCGUGCUGGUCAAACAGGUAUCGCUCACACUCUGUUUACCGAUCAAGAAAAGCACCUGUCUGGAGCCCUGAUCAAUGUGCUGAACGGUGCAAACCAGCCCGUUCCUGACGACCUGCUCAAGUUCGGAUCGCACACCAAAAAGAAAGAGCACAGUCUCUACGGCGCUUUCUUCAAAAACGUCGACCCUAAUGCCAAAGCCAAGAAGAUUAAAUUCGAUUAA